UGUCUCCUCCGAAAGAUCUGACCAUUGUAGAUGUGACGGAUAAGACUGUCAACCUGGAAUGGAAGAACGAGAACGUGGUCUCAGAAUACCUCAUCACCUAUGUCCCUACAGCGGUCGGGGGCUUAGAAUUGCACUUCCGAGUCCCCGGAAACAGAACGUCAGCUACGAUCCGGGAACUGGAACCUGGUGUGGAGUAUUUCAUCCGCGUCUUUGCCGUCCUGAAGAACAAGAAGAGCAUCCCAAUUAGCGCCCGGGUUGCCACUUAUUUGCCUGCCCCUGACGGCUUGAAAUUCAAAUCUGUUAAAGAAACAUCAGUGGAAGUGGAAUGGGACCCACUAGAUAUUCCAUUCAGCGGAUGGGAGAUUGUUUUUAACAGCUUGAAAGAGGAAGACAAUGGAGGAAUACGGAGCAGUCUGAAGAGGCCACAGACAUCCUACGUCCAACCAGGCUUGGCUCCAGGACAACAAUAUAAUGUGUCCCUUUAUGUUGUGAAGAAUCAGACCAGGGGACCUGGUCUCUCCAGAGUAGUAACAACAAGGCUUGACGCUCCCAGCCAGAUUGAAGCUAAGGAUGUUACAGACACCACAGCACUUAUCACGUGGUUUAAACCCUUGCCACCAGAACUCGAUGCUCCCAAAAAUCUGAAAAGGAUCUCCCAGACAGACAACACCAUUACCCUAGAAUGGAAGAAUAGCCAGGCAACACCAGAGGUUUAUAGGAUCAAGUAUGCCCCCAUAUCAGGUGGAGACCACACUGAAGUUACUGUGCCCAGAAGCAACCAGGCCACGACCAAAGCUACACUUACAGGUUUAAGGCCUGGAACAGAAUAUGGCAUUGGGGUGACCGCUGUGAAACAGGACAAAGAGAGCGCUCCCGCCACUGUCAAUGCUGGAACGGAUUUGGAUAGCCCCAAAGACUUGGAGGUCACCGAUCCUACCGAGACCACGCUCACCCUGCGCUGGAAACGACCUCUGGCCAAAAUCGACCGCUACCGCCUUACCUACGUGACUCCAUCGGGGAAGAAAAAUGAACUAGAGAUUCCUGCUGAUAGCACAUCUCAUAUCUUAAGAUCGCUCGAUGCCGGAAGAGUACACAAUCAGCCUGAUGGCAGAGAAAGGAAGGCACCGGAGCAAACCGUCCACCGUGUCCGGUUCUACUGGCUUGAAUCUACCACCAGAGAAGAGGAACCUGAGCUGGGAGAUCUAUCCGUCUCUAAAGUUCACUGGGAUGGCUUCCAGCUAACCUGGACAGCAGCGGACGGCGCCUACGACACCUUUGUCAUACAGGUGCGGGACUCCAACCAGCCAGACGAUGUGAAGAAUCUCACCGUUCCAGGCAGCGCGCGAUGGGUGGAUCUCACGGGCCUUCUACCGAACACACUUUACAUGGUCACCUUGUAUGGUGUAACUCAGGGAUAUAGAACAAAACCCCUCUCGGUUGAAUCCACUACAGCCACGAAGCCAGAAGUUGGCGAGCUAACGGUUUCGGGCAUUACCCCGGGAAGCUUCAACCUCUCCUGGACAACCACCGGUGGAGACUUCGAGAUCUUUACCAUAGAGAUUAUUGAUUCCAACAGGUUGCCAGAACCCAUGGUGUACAAUGUCUCCGGUGAUUCGAGGAGCGCUCAUAUCUCAGGGCUGUCCCCUCAAACCGAUUUCAUUAUCUACCUCUACGGAAUUGCUCAUGGUUUCCGUUCUCAGACAUUAAGUGCUGCUGUGACUACAGUAGCUGCACCUCUGCUUAGCAAACUCACAGUUUCAAACAUGACCUCCAACGGCCUCUUGGUCAUGUGGGAAGCGCAGGACUUUGUGUUCGAUCAGUUUCUCUUAGAUGUUAGGAACACCAACGACCCGUCUCUGGAGUUCCAGCAACACACAAUACCGGGAGAUGUACGGAGAUACGUUCUCACCAAUUUAAGGCCAGGCUCUAAUUAUAGCCUCCAGCUUCAUGGCCUGGUUGAUGGGAACGGUGGCCAGAUUCUGACAGCUCUGGCAACUACAGAGGCCGACCCACAGCUGAGCACGCUUGCACUCACAAAUGCUCAGGCCAGCACCUUCAACCUCUCCUGGACCACCGGAGAUGAACUUCUGGCCAAGCUGGCGGUCCAUGUCGGAGGCUCUUUGCCACCGCAAGAGCCUCAGAAGCUUGCAGGAACGGGAGAUGUUCCCGACACUUUUGUGCCAGGCCCACUAGAUUACACUGACUAUGACAUUAACGUUCAGGGAACAACCACGGGCGAGGGGCCCACGGAGCCCCUCAUCCCUUUGGUGAUGACAGAGACUUUACCCCCACUGGAAAACCUCACAGUCUCAAAUAUUAACCCCUAUGGGUUUACCGUCUCCUGGAUGGCAUCCGAGAAAGCCUUUGACAGCUUUCUAGUCAUCGUGGUGGAUUCCGGCAAACUGCUGGACCCCCAAGAGUUCCUCCUCCCAGGAACGCAGCGUCAGCUCUCGCUUAGAGGUCUCAUUACUGGGAUUGGCUAUGAAGUUAUGCUUUAUGGCUUUGCCCACGGCCGGCAAACCAGGCCUUUAAGUGCUGUUGCUCUUACAGAAGCUGAGCCCGAGGUGGACAACCUGCUGGUGUCUGAUGCCACCCGUGAUGGUUUCCGCCUGUCCUGGACGGCGGACGACGGCGCCUUUGACAGUUUUGUUCUUAAAAUCAGGGAUACCCACAGGCCUUCCGAUCCUCUGGAGUUCAUUGUACCAGGCCACGAGCGCACCCAUGACAUCACUGGGUUGAGAGAAGGCACAGAGUAUUACAUUGAUCUCUAUGGGGUGACCAGCGGACGGCGCUCUCAGCCUAUAAACACAAUUGCUACAACAGCGAUGGGUGCUCCCAAGGAAAUCACUUUCUCAGAUAUUACUGAAAACUCAGCCGUGGUCAGCUGGACCCCCCCACGGACACGAGUGGAUAGUUACCGGAUUACUUACGUCCCAGUGACUGGAGGUCCUCCCAAUGCUGUGACCGUAGAUGGAAGCAAAAGCCGAACUAGGCUGGUGAAACUGGUCCCCGGCGUGGAGUACAUUGUCAGUAUCAUCUCGGUCAAAGGAUUUGAAGAAAGCGACCCUGUUUCCGGAUCGCUGACCACAGCUUUGGACAGUCCCUCAGGACUAAGGGCAGUGAACAUCACAGAUUCUGAAGCAUUAGCUGUGUGGCAGCCAGCAAUAGCUGCCGUGGAUGAGUAUGUGAUCACCUACGUUACUGAGGGUGAACGAGAAGUGACUCAGAGUGUCUCUGGCAAUACCGUUGAAUAUGACCUCACUGGCCUCCGUCCAGCUUCUGAAUACACACUCAGGAUUUACGCCACUAAGGGGCCACAGAAAAGCAGCAUUAUCUCCACCAAAUUCACCACAGGCAUCGAUGCACCAAGGGAUCUGACCGCCACGGAUGUUCAGUCCGAAACAGCACUGCUGACAUGGAAACGUCCUCGGGCCCCUGUCACAGGCUACCUCCUGAUCUAUGAAUCGGCUGAUGGCAAAGUCAAGGAAGUGAUCUUGGGGCCCGAGUCAACGUCGUACAGCUUGUCUGACUUGAGCGCGUCCACACAAUACGUAGCGAAGCUGCAAGCGCUGAACCAGGGCCUGAGAAGCAAAAUCAUCCAAACCGUUUUCACCACAACUGGGCUUCUGUAUCCCUACCCCCGAGAUUGUUCCCAAGCGUUACUGAACGGAGAAACAUCCUCUGGCCUUUACACCAUUUAUGUGAACGGAAACCGGUCCCAGCCUGCGGAAGUGUACUGUGACAUGACUUCGGACGGUGGUGGAUGGAUUGUGUUCCUAAGAAGGCAAGAUGGAUCAGAAGAUUUCUACAGGAACUGGAGGACAUAUGAGGCUGGAUUUGGAAACCCCAGGGGAGAAUUUUGGCUGGGUCUGGACAAGCUUCACAAAAUCACUUCCCAGGGCCAAUAUGAGUUGCGGGUUGAUCUGCGCGACCACGGAGAAACUGCUUAUGCCCUCUAUGACAGGUUUACGGUGGGAGAUGCCAGGACUCGCUACCGGGUGAAAGUUGACGGCUACAGCGGCACGGCAGGUGAUUCCAUGACCUACCACAACGGGCGAUCCUUCUCCACUUAUGACAAAGACAAUGACUCGGCUAUCACAAACUGUGCUUUAUCAUACAAAGGAGCUUUCUGGUACAAGAACUGCCACCGAGUCAACCUGAUGGGUAGAUAUGGAGACAACAACCACAGUCAGGGUGUCAACUGGUUCCACUGGAAAGGUCACGAAUACUCCAUCCAGUUUGCCGAGAUGAAACUGAGGCCCUACAGCUUCCGGAACCUAGAAGGAAGACGGAAGAGAGCAUAGAAGCGUCUCCCGAAGUCAUCAGAGAGCGGAAGAGAGAGCGGGCAAGACCGAGCGGGAACAAGGUGGUUGGGUUCUUCCCCACUAACAGAGGGCAGAGAGAAUUAGCAAGGACGAUGGGGACUUUACCAAAGCGGUGACAUUGCUUGGCCAAGCCUUGACUCCUUUCAACAUUGUUUUAUAUAUAUAUAUAAAAGUGGGAAUGGUGGACGGGAAAGCCUUCUUCGAAACGUAGCACGCUUGACGGAACCUCCGUCUUCUGUCCGUAGCUGGCUUUCUUUGCACCAAAGAUGACAAUCUCCAGGGUGGGUUGGGCGCACGUUGUCUCCUCUCCGGUCGGUUUCUGUUGACGUAGCAUCUUUGGCAAGGGCUCUGUUGAGCGACCAAGUGUGUGGCUGGGCGGGGGGAGAAAAGGAAGGCUGUCGGUUUCCAAACAAACCAGCCAUAUUUUUUUUCUUUACAUUAAAAAAAAACACCAAGUAUACUAUCACGUUCACUGUUAGCCAUCUUUAAGCUUCAGCUGACCAUCUGGAAACUUUAUGUAUAUGUAAUAUAUGUGCGUGUGUGUGUAUCUGUGUGUGUGUGUUUGAUUCCACGCAGCAAGAAGGACAUGCGAGCAAAGCUGUCCAGUCUCAACAUUUCAGCCGAAGAUUAAUUUUUUAUUAAUAUAAGGAAAAUAAUAAUGCCGACGAUGAGGGUAAGGAUGCUAAGCUAAAGUUUGUCAUCUUCUUUUUUUAAGAAAAAGAAACCCAGGCUAUCCAAAAGACAGCAGGACAGUGUCUGACUGUAAAUUUUUUUAAAAGAAAGAAAUAAAUAAAAGCACAAUGUUACUUUUACAGAAAUGUCCAGUUGUUGUUUUUUUUCCCCUGGGCUGGGUUGUUUUCGGAAUUGCAGAGAUCCUGUGUAUAUUAAACUGGCUGGAGAGCUCAGUGGUUGCUGCACAGCCAGAGGUUGGGAGUU